GAUUGAUCAAUACUUGCUUCUCCCUCCUCAGAAAAGGAGAAGAUAACUCGUACUUUUGUGUUCGUUUUGAAAGCGUUUCCAGCAAAGCAGUAUGUCCUCGGCGCUGGAGUCUUAUGUUAACCGGACAGUUUCCAUAGUAACAGCUGAUGGAAGAAUAAUUGUAGGAACGUUGAAAGGUUUUGAUCAGACCAUAAACUUAAUUCUUGACGAGAGCCAUGAAAGAGUGUACAGCACAUCACAGGGGGUGGAACAAGUCAUAUUGGGAUUAUACAUCAUUAGGGGGGAUAAUGUAGCGGUGAUAGGGGAAAUUGACGAUGACACAGACAAUGGAUUAGACUUCAACAGCAUCAAGGCAGAGCCACUCAAUGCCGUGACACACUGAAGACUAGAGUCCCCACAUCAUUUAAAUCAUGCAUUGCUGUACCAAACAUUCUAGCCUUGACAUUGUGCAUCAUUUAAAUCAUGCAUUGUCUUACGAAACAUUUGAGCAUUAGCAAUGUGAAUUUCAAGGCUU